AUGACGAACGGUAGCAGUAGCAGUAGCAGUGGUAAUUGUUGGCGGGCGCAGUCAGCCCUGCUUGCCUCAUACCUUUUCCUACUGACUUUCAUCCGUCUUACCGAGUCAUCCGUCAUCGCUUGGCACUCUGAUCACCAUUCAUCUACAGCAACCUCUCAUCAUGUGUUUCACGAGGCUCGGUAUUACAUGGAUAUGUUUAUUGAUAGACAUGAUCCUCCCGAACCAAACGUUCCUGAACGGGAUUACCUCGGGUAUGCUGCUGGCCUGUAG